AUGCUUCCUAUCGAGCUCUACUGUUGCUGCAAGUACCCUCUAUACUUGCUGGACAAGGCGAGAACGGACCAGCUGCGCAAGGACUAUCGGGCGAUAUAUACGAAGGCCCGCGCUAAGUUGGCUGAAGUAUGCUGUUCCGUCCAGGCCCGCUUACUUAUCAUUGUAUAUCGACGCUAUGCAAGCCUGGAGAUCAUGGAUAUUCUUCUUUGUUGUAUAUGGCCCGAGGACUUUCCGAUGCGGCCUCCAGACCACGACUUCCUCGCAAAUCAGGACGGGGUGAUCGAUGCUUUGUGCGAUCUCUAUGGGAUAAGAGAUGCGAGCGAGGACAUCAAAGCGAAGCACCACGAAUUGUUGUGCACACUGUGGACAAGGCUGCCAUCGUUCUUUAGCUUGACAUGGGAGGGCAUGCAGAAGGAGGAGGAUAUGUGGAGGAGCAUCGGACAGGUGCGCAGAAUGUAA